AUCAUGAUGACAAAAAUGGAAGACACCUUUGAAACUGUAUCAUGUAUCAAAUCAGAACUAAUCAAAAUUAUUGAAGCAGCAGUUAAUAUUACUGACAUGAUAUCACCCAUUUUCCCAAUUGCUGCUUUAAUAAAUAACAUAUUUACUAUUCAUGAAAGCGUCCAAUUAAAUGAGGAAAUUUCUAAGUUUACAAUAGACCAAAUUGUAUCUGCUAAAGUAGCAAUAAAAUUCUUGAAAUUGUUAACUAAAAUUAAAGUUUAUGCAGAAAAGUUGCCACAAUUAGAAGAUAUUAAGGCAAUUCUAAAUGCUAAUAGCAUAAGAAAGAAAUUUAUUAGAUUAAUGAAAGAGUAUGGUGCCUGUAUGAGAGAUCUGAAAUUUGCAAUGAUUGUUGAUGACAAUAUCUUAAGAGAUGAUCUUGUUAAUGCAGUUAAGGUAUUUAUGUCAUCUUUAAGCUGA